AUGGCGGUGGAAGCGGCGGCAGCGUGGUACGAAGAGUUGCGAGAGGUCGAGUACCGCCAGGAGUCGAUCCAUAUGCACAUUGGGUCCAUCUCCAGGAGGUUGAUGAUGGUCAAGGAUUUGUCAGAGGCAGAGGUGGCCAAGCUCAAGGAAGAGCGCAAGGCCUUGCAAAAGGAGGUUCAACGGCUUGCCCUUGAGAUGUCGCCGAGGCCGGAUUUCUCAUGA